AUGGCAACGCAGCGCGGCAAAAGCAAAGGAAACUUCCGCAAUCCAUAUAGUCGUGGUAAUGGAUCUGCAUGGGCUCGUAGCUCACAAGGUGCACGUGCAAAUGCUGCACGCUUACGUUCUGGUCGUGGUAUGACAGAGUCUAAAGCAUAUGCACUCAAGAAAGGGGAUGAAUUGGAUCGUAAGUUUGGGUUUUAUCUAUUAUCCGAGAUACUGGAACAAGAGGAAGAAGCACGUAAAAUGACCAACACUCUGAUGGAAGCUGAAGAUCGCACUAAGCUUGGCUGGCUGCUAAAUUUACGUGAAUGUACACUGCUUGACCCGAUUGAAGGCAAGAACGAAGUGAGUGGCCUCGAGUUGUACUUCUUAGAGCAAGAUGGAAAAGCAUUUAAGACGAGAAUUAUCUAUCGACCUUAUUUAUAUAUACGUCCUGAGACUAAUAGGUCACAGGAAGUGAUUGCAUACUGUCUUCGGAGGUUUGAAGGAUUUGUGGUCAAAGCAGAGCGCGUAUUUCGAGAAGAUUUGGACAUGGCUGACCAUUUAAACGGCAAGAAAGCAUUAUAUGUGAAGCUGAGCUUUGAUGUUGUGACAGAUUUAAUGAUAGUAAAAAGAGAAUUAGCUCCGAUUAUUGCUAGGAAUCAAGAAAGAUUGCAGAUCAGACAAGCUUAUGAGAUGCAGGGACAAAUAAAAGAGCAAGUAAACGAGAAUGAUUUGAUCUUUGGAGCUGAUGGAGAUAUCGCAAAAGGAGUUAUAACUGAUGAAAGUGAAACCUCAUUGCUAGAGAUGAGGGAAUAUGACGUUCCGUAUUCAAUGCGAGUGGCUAUUGAUCUUGAUAUUCGAGUAGGUGCGUGGUAUGUCGUGAAUUAUGAUCCGACAGCGCCGUAUUCACCGUCACAUGUGAGACGACAAAAAGAAAUGGUAGAUAAAGCGGAACCGGUAGUGUGUGCUUUUGAUAUUGAGUGUACCAAAGCACCAUUAAAAUUUCCAGAUGCACAAGUGGACCAGAUUUACAUGAUCUCGUAUAUGAUUGAUAAACAAGGAUAUUUGAUUGUGAAUCGAGAGUUUGUGUCGGAGGAUAUUCAAGAUUUUGAGUAUACGCCCAAGGUGGCCUACCCUGGACCUUUCAUUGUGUUUAACGAAGAGAAUGAAGAACAGUUAUUGAAGCGGUUUUUUGAACAUGUGAUAGAAGAGCAGCCGCAUAUUUUCGUGACGUAUAAUGGCGACUUUUUCGAUUGGCCGUUUAUUGAGGCGCGUGCACAAGUUCACGGAAUUAAUAUGGCGCGCGAAAUCGGCGUUUCUCUUGACGAGCGGAGUGGAGAGUACCGUGGACGUUGCAGUGUCCACAUGGAUGCGUUUUGCUGGGUAAAACGAGACUCAUAUCUGCCACAGGGAAGUCAGGGCUUAAAAGCCGUUACAAAGUACAAGUUGGGAUAUGAUCCAGUGGAGGUAGACGCAGAAGAUAUGGUUGCAUUGGCCCGUGACGAACCCUUAAAGAUGGCGUCGUAUUCGGUUUCCGAUGCUGUGGCAACGUUUUAUCUUUAUGAUAAGUACGUGCAUCUGUUUGUGUUUUCGUUGUGCACAAUCAUUCCUCUAGGAUCCGAAGAUGUGCUUCGAAAAGGUUCCGGAACACUUUGCGAAGCCUUGCUGAUGGUUGAAGCUUUUAAAGGCAACAUCAUUUGUCCUAAUAAGCAAAGCUUGGCCCGAGAAGAAAAAAUUCUACAAGGGGCACCUUACUUCUUGUAUGACUUCCAGUUGGUGCCAACUGCAUUCCAGCAGUUAAUUGACAAUAUUGACCGAGAUCUCGAGUUUUCUUUGGAGGUUGAGAUGAAUGUUCCACUUGACCGUGUCACGAAUUAUGAAGAUGUAAGAAAGGAUAUUGUGGACCGCCUUGCUGCGCUUCGUGAGCGGCCGAAUCGGAAGGAACAGCCGCUGAUUUAUCAUUUAGACGUGGCUGCCAUGUACCCAAAUAUUAUUCUUACGAACCGGUUGCAACCGUGCGCAAUUGUAAACGAGGCGGACUGCGCCGCGUGUACGUAUAAUACCGAGUGUGGCCGAGCAGCCAUCAAAGAAAAAGAUGCAUCUUGUCAGCGUGAAAUGGAUUGGGUAUGGCGCGGUGAUUUCUAUCCUGCCACACGACCGGAGUACUAUUCGAUCAAGACACAGAUUGAAUAUGAAAGCUUUUCUUUGAAAAAAAAAGGAGUCGGGAUGAACAAAGGAGUCGUGAUGAACCAGGACCCAGCUAAGAGGACCAACGAUGCCGGUUACACAGUGCCAUUUGCUCAACUUCCUCUUGACAAACAAGAACAACUCCUGAAACAUCGAUUCAAAUCCUAUUGUUCUAGUGUGUACAAGAAAACAAAGGUAACGGAGGAGCAACAACGAUCUGCAACCGUUUGCAUGCGUGAAAACCCAUUUUAUGUUAAUACUGUGCGUGCAUUUCGAGAUCGUCGCUACGAUUACAAGGGACUGACGAAGGUCUGGAAGAAAAAGGUGUCAGAAGCCGCCGUCGCAAAGGAUCUUUUGGCAAAAAUUGAUGCUCAAAACAAGUGUCUUGUGUACGACUCCCUUCAACUCGCGCACAAGUGUAUUUUGAACUCGUUCUACGGUUAUGUCAUGCGCAAGGGCGCGCGAUGGCACUCAAUGGAGAUGGCCGGCAUCGUGACGCAUACAGGUUCUAACAUUAUCACUGGUGCUCGUGAGCUGGUAGAGCAAAUUGGACGACCGUUAGAGCUGGAUACCGAUGGCAUUUGGGCCAUCCUUCCUAAAUCGUUUCCUGAAACCUUUUCUUUCAAGCUUAAGGAUGGUGGAAGUAGGAGCAUUUCGUAUCCGUGUGUGAUGCUGAAUGCAGAUGUGCACGCCAAGUUUACGAAUUCGCAAUAUCACGAGCUUGACCCGUCUUCAGGGAAGUAUAACUCACACAAGGAGUGCUCAAUUAUGUUUGAAGUGGAUGGCCCGUACAAGGCAAUGGUUCUUCCUGCUUCUACAGAAGAGGGAAAACUAUUAAAAAAGCGUUAUGCAGUUUUUAACUUUGACAAUUCGCUUGCUGAGCUUAAGGGGUUCGAACUCAAGCGACGUGGUGAGUUGCAGUUGAUUAAGGCAUUUCAGUCUCAAGUGUUUGAGCGUUUUCUUGACGGCAAAAGCCUGGAAGAGUGUUACGCCUCCGUUGCUAAAUGUGCGAAUCGCUGGCUGGAUGUGAUCGAUACUCGAGGCAAGUCGAUGGAUGAUGAAGAGUUGAUGGCGCUGAUUACGGAGAAGAAAAGCAUGUCUGGUAAGUUGGAUGAGUACGAAGGACAGAAGUCUACAUCUAUUACUACAGCUCGGCGGUUGGGGGAGUUUUUAGGAGAAGAAAUGAUUAAGGACAAGGGUCUCACCUGUAAAAUGAUCAUCGCUGCACGUCCUUAUGGUGAGAAGGUGACGGAGCGGGCUAUUCCGACUGCUAUCUUUGCAACAGAAGACGCUGUCAAACGACAUUUCUUGAAGAAAUGGUUGAAAGACCCACACUUGCAGGAUUAUGACAUUCGGACGCUUCUUGACUGGGAUUACUACCGUACGCGUUUUGCGUCGACAGUGCAAAAGAUUAUUUCACUUCCGGCUGCUUUCCAGAAUGUGCGGAAUCCUGUGCCUCGCAUUGAGCUGCCAGACUGGAUGAGAAAACAAGUUCGCGAAAAAAAUGCCAAGCACCAGCAGGGCAACAUGAAGCAGUAUUACAAGGCUGCAACCAAGGACACUGACAAUGGAGACUACGUUGCCGAAAUGAUUGAUAUGGAGGAUUUGAUGAAAGGAAAUCAGCUUUUGCACUCACAAAAACUUCUGCCGCAUAAGCAGGGUAAGAAAGCAAGUGGCGGUGGCGAUAGCCGCACAAGUCUAAUCGAAAAAAAUGAUGAUAAGGAUGCGGAAGGCGUGCCUGCAGUAAAAGUAAAGCUUGGAGACGUACCGUUUACUAAUUGGUUGAUGACUAGAAAGAAGAAGUGGAAGAAUAUGCUCGGAAAGCGGAGACGGGAACGGAAAGAUCGCUUGCGAAAUUAUAGCGGCGCUGGAGAAUUUGGCAUGGCGAGCGGUGGACACGGCAGCACGAAACGCUUUCAGAGCGGACCAAACAGUGCACUGGAUCCAAAGAGCAACGGUGUUGGUAUGGAAAACUUUGUCUUUAACGCAGCAAGUGCACUGCAGCGAGAAUAUUGGCAGAUUGUGGAAAUUCAGCAAGAGCAUGGUGGAAUAUUCACCUGCUGGAUUCUUACUGCACAUUCACAAAUGCUUCAGCGCAUUACGCUAAAGAUGCCUCGCGUGUUCUACAUUACUUGCGAGGAAUCGGAUCAUGAAAAUCUGUUGUCAUCGCUUCCAGGCUCACGGCGGGUCUCUCGGAUUGUGCCUCACUGUUCGUCGAAGCCCCAAUCAGUAUUAGAGGUAAUGUUGAGCGAGCGGCAGUACCAGCAGUAUCAGAAGGAAAUCAGCCAAAUUCUUGGCGAUCCGCAUGUGCGUGGUGUCUACGAGCUACAAGUGUCAGCUAUAACGCGAGCCGUUUGUGCACUUGGCUGCGUGGCCAAGGUUGUCAACCCGCACGUUUCUAUUACGAAGCAAGAGUACGAGUUGAGUGAUUUGCAGUUUCAAUCUACGGCUCAGGCACCAUAUCUCUUCAAUCUCCGGCACCCAUUAGCUCCAAAUGAAGUUGCAUCAUCACCUUCGUCUUCGCUGAUGCGACGAGUUUUGCUUUACUUUGCUCAGCAGAAGAAACGCGCCAUAUUGGGUUUGGUCGUGCUGAGAGAGAGUGAUGAUGACGCUAGUGCAGAGAUCUUAGGCAACGAGGGUGAUGCAAAUGUCUGGUACGUCGACCCGUUCUCCAACGUCAAGUCCCGAGGCUCCGAUUUGAAGCAUUUUUUCGAGGAGUUGCUUUUAGAGUGUCAAGAUGAAGGUAACAUAGCUCCCAUUCAAAGCUGCUCAUUCAAGACACACGUUGUGAAGACGGCGCAUGAAGCUUUUUCAGGUGUGAAUGCUGCCCUUGCGCAAUUGGCCUCAAAUAAACAGCUAGCUCCUAAACCGACGAUCGUAGUGGCGCAAACAUGUAUUCCCUCCAGCAAGCGACUCCGCGAGAAAAUACAGGGCCUUCACAGUUUUCCUGUUGCCAUGCUGCCGUGGAACGAAGAAGACACGUUAUUUCCAGCUCUCACAUGGCGUAAGAUAAUGGGAGAAAAGAUGCUUACCCGGUGUUGUGAAAUGAUACAAUACUACUUGGAUGUGCUUGACUGUGCGCGGUAUGCACACUUGCCUGUUGGCAACUUCACGGGGGACCACUCAAUUGCUAUUUUGGACACUCUUUAUUCACGCAUUUUAACCAAACACAAACAUCUCUGGUGGCAUUCGCCAACGUCCCUGCCAGAUCUUGGUGGUAAGGAGCAGGAACAGCAGUUCCAGCAGCUUUUCAGCCAAUCACUGCUCAUACCGGCACAGCAUUCAGUGCAACAAAAGAGCGAAGCAGUUUCACACGACCGGAUUGACACAUCUAUCGUCGUGUGCAAGAAAGGAUCAUACGUCGAUGUGUGCGUUGAGCUCGAGCUGGAUGGUCUUGCUAUCAAUGCGAUUCUCGUUGCGUCUCAAAUUCACAGCAUCGAAGGUUUAGGAGUUGCGCACCAGAUGGAGAUCGAUUUUGACGGUACUGGUGGUUCCACCUCUGCAGUAGCAGAAGGUGAUGCUGAAGAGAGCUGUCAUGAAGCGUUUCGGUUGCUCCGUAUCAUGGUGACGACGCUCUUUAAGGAUUUCCUGACCAGCCGCAACAAGUUUGCUGAUCAUGUGCUGCAGCAGUUCUAUCGCUGGCUCUGUUCACCAAACUCGCUGAGCUUUGACCCGGCGCUGCAAGCAAUGGUGAAGCGGUUAAUGGAAAAAUUGUUCCUACAACUACUUGCAGAGCUUCGUCGUCUGGGGUCUCAGAUCGUGUACGCUGACUUUAGCAAAAUUAUUGUGUGCACAAAGAAGAAGUUAGUACGUGACGCGCAGACCUACCUUGACUUUGUCUUGCAAACUGUGCGGUCCAACGAGCUUUUCCAGGUGCUCAAUUUUACGCCGAAGAAGUAUUACUCGAAUUUGUUCUUUUUGGAUGCGGAAAACUACGGCUGCAUUUUACUGAAGAACGUGGUACUAGAGGAGGAACAAGAGAAGGAAAGUGAACACGAUGUGGAAGGCAGUGACAAGAAGAAGCCUUUGGAAAUUGUGUCUCAUUGGAACAUUGCGAAUUAUUUGCCCCGCGGAGUUGACGAAUAUUUUCUUAUCUUAGUAGGUCAAUUCAUCCGUCGGCGAGCAGAAUUUCAGUACCGUGAGCAUCGACGACUCAGUAAAGGUGACGAUUACAAGCUCAACCCUGCUGAGGAUGCAGACGAGAAGCCUCUAGAUGAGGAUGAGAAGCAAUUGUCUCCACUUGCCAAGUACUCACAACGGCUUGUGUCGUCGUAUUUCUCGGAGAAGAUGCUGCGAUUGGUUCCAGAAAUACUAUCAUACAACAUGGACCGAGACAGCUUUCCCGUGUUUGCUGGAUCGCAUCUCGUCAUGGAGUCACCCGCUUUGGAGCUCGUGAAGUUUGUGACUUCAGUGUUUGUGCUGGAGCCGAGCGUAGAGACCCAAGUUGGCAAGAUGAGACGCACCCUGCUGAAGUUGUUGCGCAUAAGCGAAUUUUCUGACGAGGCGCAGUUUCGCAACCCGUCGCUGUCAUUCACAGUACAGGACGUCAUCUGCCUCUGCUGCAACUUGUGUCGGUCCAUUGAUUUAUGCCGUGACCCUCAGCUGUAUAAGCGUAGCGCAUCACGCUCAGAUGAUGAUGACGGAGGCGAAGAACAUGAAGAGGAUGCGGACACUUCCUCAGCUUGGCACUGUCCUCGAUGCUUUGCGUUGUACGACAAGACCGCAUUUGAACUGCGACUCGUAGAGAUGAUACAGGCGCAGUCGGUGGCGUACCAAUUGCAGGAUUUGUACUGCCGUAAGUGCCAUUUGCCAGCUGAGCACCAAAUGCGCGAGUACUGCCCAUGUUCAGGGACGUAUGCAUUGAUACCUGGGGUGCGUGAAUCGCUGAUGGAGACGCUGCGCCUAGUGAUGCGCAUUGCGCAACAACACAAGUUUGCAUGGCUUCUCGAAACUGUUGAGCGCCUGAUGUGCGAGACGGCUCAUCCAGGACUCAUGUAG